CCGGUCUCCGGGAGUAGGUUAUGUUGAAACGGCAUAGAAAAGGUGGAGGAGGACGGUUGAAGGAGUAGCAACUUUCUCUCUUUCUCACCAACUUUAUGAGGAUUUGUCGCCUGGGGUUUUGCAUGGCUGAAUGGACUUGAGUUUAUUCCACAACACGCAGUUGGAUAUUACCUAACCUUGGGCUGUUUUAAGUUUGAAGCUGCUCUUUUGGGGACCUUUUUUCGCUUAUGGACUUAUUGCGUUUUGAUUUAAUGUGAGACUGAGAGGGGAGACGUGGAAGUAAGGCACAAUAUAAUCUGUAUUGAUUUACGUUGUCGCCAUGUCCAUGCUUCCGACGUUUGGGUUUACGCAGGAACAAGUUGCGUGUGUCUGCGAAGUGCUCCAACAAGGGGGGAACAUCGAGCGGCUGGGGCGCUUCCUCUGGUCCCUCCCGGCGUGCGAACACCUCCACAAGAAUGAGAGCGUCCUCAAAGCGAAAGCCGUGGUCGCUUUCCACCGGGGGAACUUCCGAGAGCUGUAUAAGAUUCUGGAGAGCCACCAGUUCUCGCCACACAACCACCCGAAGCUGCAGCAGCUGUGGCUCAAAGCGCACUACAUCGAGGCGGAGAAGCUGAGAGGCCGCCCGCUCGGCGCCGUGGGGAAGUAUCGCGUCCGGAGAAAGUUCCCCCUGCCCCGCUCCAUCUGGGACGGAGAAGAGACAAGCUACUGCUUCAAGGAGAAGAGCAGGAGCGUCCUGCGGGAGUGGUACACCCACAAUCCUUACCCAUCCCCGCGGGAGAAAAGAGAACUGGCCGAGGCCACGGGACUCACCACCACGCAGGUCAGCAACUGGUUCAAAAACCGACGGCAGCGAGACCGAGCGGCGGAGGCGAAGGAGAGAGAAAACAACGAGAACUCCAACAGCAAUAGUCACAACCCAUUGACUUCUUCCAUGAAUGGAAAUAAAUCUCUAUUGGGGAGCUCGGACGACGAUAAAACACCGUCGGGGACACCGGAUCACACGUCUCCGAGCCCGGCCCUGCUCCUCGGCUCUAACGCCGGUUUACAGUCCCUGCACGGCCUCGCGCCCCCGCCGGGACCCAGCGCCAUCCCGGUACCCAGCGGCGUAGACUCGGUGCACCAUCACCACUCAUUGCACCACGACACCAUACUGAACCCUAUGUCUUCUAAUCUAGUGGACCUUGGCUCUUAAAAAACCGGCACAGAAGGGGGACAGACAGCACCGUCUUUUUUUUGUUUUGUUUUUUGGAAAAGUGAUUUACGAGGUGGUGUGAGGCGAGCUGCAAGCACUUGCGGCAAGGUGCAAAGCAGGCAGCCUGGAACACUGCGCAAACAGCCACCGUACCAAAUCAUUUAGUCUCAUACUCACCCUUCAAAGUCUGUUUAAAACAAAAAUAUUUCAAAUUAAACUUCCUGUAAACUUGUUUUCUAGAAACAAGUGUCAUGGCACAGCACUUAAGGAAAAUUGGAAAAACCCUUAAAACAGGACCCAUUUACUAUUGGCACAUUUUCCCUUUAAUUCGCUAAAGGGAAGUAUAAUUAAUAGAGAUUAUAUGACUUGUUGAGACGGAUCAUUUUUUGUAGUGCUGGUGCAAAAGGACAAAAGGUGAGGCGGAACUAGGUCGUUUUAGAAAAAAAAAGAAAAGAUAAGAAAAAAAGUAUUUUACCGGAAUGUAAUAACGUAACAUGUUAUAUUGUUGAAAACAAUAACAAUAAAAUGUCUUAAUUCUUGUUACUAUUACCGUUGUUAUUUUAGGGGUUUAGAUAUAUCAGCAGACUCUGUAGGCACCGAGUCAAAGGUACCCCAUCGCCUUUUUGUUUACAAAGGGUUUUCCAAGAGAGCCAUAAGCUUCUUUUUUUGUUUUCUUUAUUUUUGGAGGGGGUUGAGUGGGGAAGAUGGGGUAUGAUAUUCUCAAGUGUCUUAUAAGAGCCGUGAUAAGAUGAAAUAUCUUAAUCUCUUGAUAUUAUUAUUAUUAUUAUCAUUUGCAUUUGGAAAGAGACUGCAUGUAAACUUUGCGAUAAAUGAUGAAACAUAAAAACGAUUCACCUAUAGUUUCAUAUACCCUUUACAAUAAAAGAAAAAGAAAUACAUGGCUUAAAA